AAGGAGUUCCUUGUAGAGCUCCUUUGGGUAUACCAGGGUUUCCGUGGUAUUCAGGUUGAAUUCUGGUAUCUCUGUGUAUGGACACUUGCGGGAGUCUAUACCUGUUUGUAUAACGUCAAGCUUAAUACAUAUCCACUGGCUUGUUUGCAGAGGCCAACAGUGCCUUUAUUUGUCCCUGACCAUAUUUAGUGGGCAUUAUCAUUUUUCAAAAUGUCUCCAUUCUCUGCUGAUGGACCAUCGCCUAGGCCUACGGACGCUUCAACGGCUGGUAACAAUGCAGACACCACUAGUGGCUCCACUGAUGAACUAUAUGCCGAAAUAAAUGGCACAUUCCCAUUUGACCCAUCAUUGGUGGAUGUAACUUACCCACCCAUUAGGCAUGAAGGUCGUAAAUACCACAUAUCUAGUUUGGAUGAAUACAAGGAGAUGCACCGCCGCAGCCUUGAGGACCCUGAAGGCUUUUGGGGUGACAUGGCCAAAAAGGAAUUGAGAUGGAUCCAUCCAUUUUCCAGGGUAAGUGAAGGUGAUUUCACUGCGGCCGACUACAUGUGGUUUGUUGGCGGCAAGAUCAACGCUUGUGAGAAUUGCGUUGACCGUUGGGCUGAGGAGCGUCCUAACGAUAUAGCCAUUAUAGCUGAGGGUGACGAUCCCACUAAGGUAACUACGGUAACAUAUCGCGAGCUUCGUCACAAUGUAUGUCGAUUUGCCAAUGUCCUUAUUGAUAAAGGAGUGAGGAAGGGUGAUGUUGUUACUUUGUAUAUGCCAAGCAUUCCUGAGCUUGCUUACGCUAUGCUUGCGUGUGCUCGUAUCGGUGCUAUACAUAGUGUUGUUUUCGGCGGUUACUCGGCCGCAAGCAUUGCUGAACGUAUUCGUGAUGCCGACUCUCAUAUAAUCAUUACUGUUGACGAGAGUUACCGCGGUGGCAAGACUAUAAAGAUGAAGUCGAUAGUUGACGAAGCACUUUUGAGUUGUGCUGGAGUAACCACAUGCCUUGUUUUACGUUACGCCGGGGUCAAGGUUAAUAUGAAAGAGGGCCGUGACUUCUGGUUGGAUGACCUUCUUGAGCAUGUGCGUCCAUACUGCCCUAUAGAGGUAAUGGACAGUGAAGACAGUUUGUUUUUAUUGUACACUUCUGGAUCUACCGGGCGGCCGAAGGGUGUAUCCCAUACCACUGGGGGAUACCUAGUAUAUGCCCAUGCAACUACGAAAUAUAUAUUUGAUGCCCAUGUUGGCGAUAUAUUCGGCUGUGUUGCUGAUUUAGGUUGGAUUACUGGACACACUUAUGUAGUGUACGGCCCUUUGCUCAAUGGGCUCACGACGUUCAUGUUUUCAUCAUUACCUAACUACCCCGACCCCGGGCGAUACUGGCGUAUGAUUGAGCAGCAUCGUAUAACUCAGUUUUACACUGCACCAACUGCCAUUCGAAGCCUCAUGAGGCAUGGUGACGACUACCCUCGUCAAUAUGAUAUAAGCUCAGUCAGGGUCCUAGGUUCAGUUGGUGAGCCUAUUAACCCUGAGGCCUGGCGUUGGUACUACGAAGUAGUAGGCCGCGGUCGCACCAAUGUGGUGGACACUUACUGGCAGACUGAAAAUGGCGGUAUAGUGGUAGCGCCAUUGGCUGGUGUGACUCCCAUGAAACCCGGGUCGGCCACUUUACCCUUCUUUGGCAUUGACGUCGCGUUGGUCGACUCUGCCACUGGCAAGGAAAUUUUACAGAACGACGUUGGUGGCCUACUAGUUGUCCGUCGUCCAUGGCCAGGUAUAUUCAGGACUUUGUACAAUAGCCACAAGCGUGGCAUUGUUACGUACUUUAGCAAAGUUCCUGGCAGUUACCUCACGGGUGACGCUGCCUACAGGGACAAGGAUGGAUAUAUCUGGAUUAACGGACGUGUUGAUGAUACCCUUAACAUAUCGGGGCACCGUAUAGGGUCGGCCGAUAUUGAGCACGCCCUUGUGGAGGUGUCCUAUGUAGCAGAGGCUGCUGCCGUAGCAUUCCCGCAUCCCAUCAAGGGUAACGGUAUCUUCUGCUUUGUGUCCCUAAAGGACGGUUUUGACAUAGUUCACGACGUUUUGGAGCGUGAGCUUAAAUUGGCAGUUCGCCGUAUAGUCGGGCCUUUCGCCACUCCAGACAUCAUCAUAUCGAGUCCGAACUUGCCCAAGACACGUAGUGGCAAGAUAAUGCGCCGCAUAUUGCGCAAGCUUGUCAGUGGGCAGGCCAAGGAUCUUGGCGACACCUCGACUCUGGCUGACCAGACUGUCCUCGAGGGUUUGACAGUCCUGUGCCAUGAUGUCCUGGAACGCUUCAACAAGCAUAUACAUUAAUAUAAUUAAU